AUGUCGUUAGCGGCCAAUUAUUACUCCUCAAUAUUCGUACUGAUUCAGUCCAUUGCUAUGAAAAGAAUCAAUCCGUCGAUGUUGCCAGAGCUGAAAACACGAUUAAUCCAGCCGAUAUAUGAUCAAAUAUCUGACUAUAUACAGCUUGAAGAGUUGCGUGAAAAAGAAAAGAAGAAUAAUGAGCGUAAGGCUCCCACACUUCCUGAAGGAAUGCAGUUGGACGUGGGACCAUCCUUUGAAGGAUCAAUUGUUGAUCAGAUGCAAUUGAUGCUAUUUGAGUGCGAGCAAGCAAGGAGUUUUGUGGAAGAAGCUCUGCGAAGUUCUUCGUAG